UUGACUCACAAACAUCAGACAUCAAUGACAGACAAAGCAAACUGGGGAGACCAGGACUUAAAUACACGGAACAAGGCAGCAGGAAACAAGACACGACUGGGCAGGAUCAGGAAAUCACACGUGGGUAAUUAGGGGGCGUGGCACACAGGAGGAGCGGACGAGCCGGGCAUGACACUAUGGCUGCUUAUGAAGAGUCCAUACGUUUUUUUUUGACUGUAACCAAGAGCCCGUUGCUGUGUUUUCUGAAUGCGCUGCAGGACACAGUAUCUCAUGACCAUCGCGAAGCUGGAGUCAUGACUACAGAAGAGCAGCACCUGGGUAUGGUGUGGCUCAGUGGGUUAGGACCGUGUGCCUGUGAUCUCUCAGAAGGUCACAGGUUCAAAUCCCAGGGAGUGAUGUCACUGUUGGGCCACUGAGCAGGACCGUUAAAAAAAUAAAUAAAUAAAUAAGAUGUUAGUUGCUUUGGAUAAAAGUUUCUGCUUAAUCAAUAAAAAAUAAAGAGCAAUGGUGAGCAGGGGGGUCAGUAGGCCUCUCUGGCUGCUCUGCCUGUGCUGAAAGUUACGCCCAGUCUGGCCUGAGUCGUGCCCAACCCAUGCUGCCAGUGGUUUCCCAGCCAGGGCUCAGAAGCAGCUAUGUGGUUUUCUGGCAGAUUUACCGGAGUGUGUGUGUGUGUGUGUGUGUGGGCUGCCAGUAAGACCACAGCUUCCAGUCCCUCACACAUAAUUGGUCAUUUGAGCCACUUGCCUCUCCUGUCUGACGGAUCCCGAUUUAUUGAGAUCCUCACAGUUUGCCAAAAGGCUGAGGAUUCCUGCGAGUCUGGAGCCGCCGGCGGUCGGAGGACCUGCACAACAGCUAAUUUCUUACCCUGGAUGACAGGAGACUCGGGCCUGUCCAGCUUGACGUUAAACCAUCACACUCCUGUCGCACACUUUCAGGACGACGCAAAGCCCCUCCCUCACUUUCAUGCUUUCCAGACUUGUUUUGUCCUCUGGCUCGAUUUUUCUAUUCACCCCCACCCCCAAUUCAUGGUUUGCGUUUGCGUGUCUGCACCUGUCUGGAGCCCAUCCCAGAAGCUAUGGGUGCAAGGAAAAGAGUAACCCAGGACGGGUCCGCCCCCCAUCACAGGGCGCACACACACACCAUCCCCACCCUGCAUAGGACAAAUGGAUAUUGAAGAUGAAUGAAUGAAUGAAUGAAUGAAUAAUUGAAAAUUGGAUGGCCGGUUGUACUUUUCUGAUCACUGAGAUCACUGUUCAUGUUUGUUUUAAACUUUUUGUUGUUUUCAAACCAGUGUUUCUCUCAGAACGUGAGUGGGGGGGGGGGGGUCUCCCUGUAUGUCUGCUCUCACUCUCUCCUUGGUUUUCCUCCGAAGGGCGAAUUCUCCGCUGCCGUUUUUGUGUGUGUUCUGGGUCGGUAGCCGGUCCUGCUAACAACCGCCGGCUGUUCUCUCAGCAGUAGCGCGAGCCUUUCUCGGUCCGCCGAGCCGUCUGUGCUCCAGGUGACGGACGCCGCCGCGAUGGCCGCCAUCGUUGUGACGAGCCCCCUCACCCCGUCCCCGAGGACCAGCCCAGCUUUGCUGAGGAAGUCCCUCGGAAUGACCAGCGGCAGUGGGUCUGAUCCCGCCUCCCGUUUGGCGGAUCUGGAGAAGGACGACAUGUCGACCAGACACCCCGUCAGCUCGACACGCACCACCUCCAGCCCCACCCACUUCCUCCCGGUUCCGUCCGUCAGACACAGCAGAGCCGAAAAGGCCGAUGCCGGGGGUGGCAAAACGUGGCAAACAACGUCUUCAGGCGAGGAUGAUCUGUCCCCAGUAUACAGCCAACGAAGUAGUGUGUCAGAUGACCCAGAGAGCAUGAGCCUGAUGGACAUGCGCUGCGACGAGGACGUCUUCCUGCAGCCACACAGCCAGGCUCGCCACGAGUACCUACACAACCAAUAUAACCAGCUCCGCGAGGAGGACACCCACUGGCAGACUGAUCUGGCCCGCUGGAAAAGCCGCAGGAGGAGCAUCUCCCAGGACCUAAUCAAGAAGGAGAAGGAGAGGAAGACGAUGGAGAAGUUGAUGAGCGGGGACAACGAUUUGGCUCAGCGAAGGAAGAGCUUCAAGACCUACAAGGAGAUAGUUGAAGAGAAGGAGCGCCGUGAGCGGGAGCUCCACGAGAUGUACCGGAACGCCCGGACCCCGGAGGAGGCGGAGGCCGUGCUCCAAUGCUACGCCCAGCGCUUCAGCAUCAGCGAGGCAGUGCUGACACAGCUGCGACUCCCCCGGCCGUUGGAGAGGAGCAUGUCGGCCGAGCCGGCCAGCUCAGCCCACGAGCCUGGCCCCAUGCGCUACCUGAGGCAGCAGUCACUCCCGGCGCCCAGAUUCACCUCCACCGUGGAGGCCAUUGUGGCCAAGGUUCCUCCCAUCCAAGCCCAGGAGAACUCCCCCACCCAAACCCCACCCCAGAGGACAGUGUCUUCACAAGCUUCCAGACCAGCAGCACUGCGCUCCAUCCAGGUGGACCAGAUGGCUCAGCUGGAUGGGGAUCCAGGGCAGGAAUUCAGCAGCAGUGUGGACGGUGGGGGGCAGAGGGAAGCGAGCCCGCCAGCGGUCUUCGAAAGCACAGCCCAGGUCCCAUUCUCUCCCAGAAGGGAGCCACAGUUGGUGACAACGGUGCUGGAGCUCAGACAGCAGGACGACGGUCCGCAGAACGCCCCCUCCAGGCCGGAGGGCCAUGGUGCAGAGGCCCCGUCACAGGAGACCAGGCUCACCCGGCCCACCACUCUGCCCACGAAGCUGCAGAGUGUGGACAGUGACCAGAUUGCUGACGGCGCCUCAGAGCCUCUUCAGGCCAAUGCUGAAGGAAACUCGCAGCACACAGAAGAUCAGCCUGCUGAAGAGGCCUCCAACUCUGGUGUGAAGGCCGCGUCACCAGAGAAGAAGUGUAUUGCCACUGCCACCCUGCAUAUGGAGUGUUCCCCGGCGCGUCAAACUCACAGUGCAGACGCAGGGGGCACUGUGGAGUCUCAGACGGAAAACGCAGAACUGAUACCGGCCCAAGGAACAAAAGACGACCAGCUGUUCCCUCACACUCAGAGCUACAUCCCACCGGUCAAAACUGACUGGACCUUUGGCAACCCUGCACCAGAGCCCAUGGAGAGAGUCCAGAGUCAUGUGGUCUAUCUCCCCCCAUUGAAUCUGACCGGGAGGGUCGUCCGCUGGGUUUGGGACCCAGAAGAGGAGCGGAAACGUCAGGAGCGUUGGCAGCGAGAGCAGGAGCGCCUGCUUCAGGAGAGGUACCGGCUCCAGCAGGAGAAGCUGAGGCGGGACUGGGAGAGAGCACAGAGGGAGGUGGAGGAGGAGGAGAGUAGGUACCAUGAAGAGGAGCGGAAGAUCCUGGAGGAGACUGUGGUGCCUCUGAUGCCCGGUUCAUCCGCCGUGACCUCCCCCCGUCCUGGGGGGCCGGCUCUGCCCAUUGUGCGCUCACUGGCCGACUGGGAGCGCAAGCAGGAACUGCUGGAAAGACAGAGGAAGGGCGAAGACCACGAGAACCUUCUUACAAAUGAGAAAAGCGAUGUUGUGACAGAACAGAAGAUGCAGAUGGAGUCUUGUACAAAACCGGGAAGUUCAUGGGUGUCCUGCUCCAGCCGUCCAGCAGCCAUCGGACAGGUUCAGCAGAACGGCCAAUCGCAACCCAGGGAUCUAGGUCCACCUGGAACGACUGAGAUGCUGGUUCCCAGGGGUUCGGUAUGUGACAGCCAGAAGCAAGAAAUGAAGGAGCCAUGGAGUAAGAGAACAUCUCUAGAACACAGCUGGAGCUGCCAGCAAUCACUGGCCACGGGGAUCAAGAGGGCUGAUUCUUACCAAGAGGUGGAGACUAAUUACUCGUCUUCCUGGACAUCAGAUGUCCAGUCGCCAGUCGCUAACAGGUCAGUGAGUGGGAAGAAACUCUGCUCCAGCUGUAAGCAGCCGUUGGGCAGGGGAGCGGCCAUGAUCAUCGACACGCUCAGCCUUUGCUUCCACAUCGGCUGUUUCAAGUGUGGGAUGUGUAAGGGCCAGCUGGGCGACACCAGCACCGGCACCGACGUGAGGAUUCGCAACGGCCUGCUGACCUGCCAGCAGUGCUACGUCGGGUCCCGUGUUGCUGGCCAACCCACCACGUUGUGACAAAAAAAAAUGUCUUCGGACAGUGGGAGAAUUUUUUGGGAAUAUUGAUUUUUUUUUUCCAAGACAAUUGGCACAUGUUCGUGGUCAUUGAGAAACUUACAUUAACCAUUGUGCAAAAAUGCAAACCUGGUUCUGAAAGCGUGUCCCCGUUGAAUUAUCUGUAACAGCUUAUUGACCUGGUGGCUGAUGCCUAUUUUACCGACUUUUGGACUGUUGUGCUGUUUUGUUGACACCGUGUUUUUUUUUAUUAUUGCACUCCAGAUGUAAAGCAGUUCACGGUAUAAAUAUUAUGACGUAAAGUGACUUGUUUCGAUGCAGCAGAAUUCCACUUAAAUUUGUGUAGUAGCGUUCAAAUAAUCAGACAGGGGUUUGCCAAUCAUCUGUAUGUUCGGUAUAAUAAUACUCUGAUUUAAGGUAAACCUAAGAAUUGCAUUAUUUAAAUAUAAUAUUUAUAAGCACACGAUUUCAUUGGUAUCGAGGGAUAUCGGACGUUUUAAUGAGACCUUAAUCGCAAGCAUCUAGCAACUACUGUCAUACUUUGACAAACAUGUAUGAUAUAAUCUUAAAAGAAACUUAACCUAAUUGCCUUUCUUUAGUCAUGUCACGUUUUGCCGACGUUGUAAAUCAAAGUGAGCGAAAUUAUCAAGUAUAUUACACAUGAUAAAUGGCUCUGUGCGAUUAAUCGGGAGAAAACCAUAUGCAAUUUUAAUAGCAGAAUGUCCAAAGUCCCGGACCUGCAUUUCCUUAAGUUCGCUAAGCGUUUUGAUUGUAACACUCACCAACCACAAAGGCUAUUGAGAGACUCUCUGAAAUACCUGCUUCUGUUUGGUGUUCAGGUCACCUCUGACUCGUCAGUUUUUAACCCUGAAACUUUUGUUUUCGUUUUUUUUCCUUAAGACCCAGUUAAUCGGCCUCAUUUUUUCGUUAGGGUGGAAAUUCUAAGUUAUGUGUAAUUUAUUGAAGACAAUAAAGGAAACGUAUGUACGUUCAUUACCAUUGUUAGGGGGUAAUGGUGUCAUAUGUACACAGCUCUUUAUAAACUGUAGUCCUACUGAGUUAGAAAUUGCAAAUGUCGCGUUAAGCUCGUGCCUUAGAAAUGCACACGUACAUGCGGGGGGUAUUGAUAUGAUAUCCAAAGAUUUUUUUUCGUUGGCUGGACUUUUCUGGACGAGAUAAAUGUGUGUAAAGGGGCGAUUACGAAAGCCGCACGUAAGGAGUACCCCGACGCGCGUGCACAUUCGCUUCGGCAUCAUAAUACUCGCUCAGUUUUAAUGAGGUUGGACAUAGAACGUCUGUCUCGUCUUUCUUUUCAUCCGUUGACCCGGCAAAACGGUGCAAACAGUGUAUAGCGAUAUAGCGGUUGAACUGUAGCGCUACCCAAACGUUUCCACCAUGGUAUCGCUACAUUUUCUUAAAUCUGCAAAAACCUCGUGGAAAAAGUCUCUCUCAGCUUCGUUGGGAAAAUAUGUUUUCAUAAAGAACAGAACUGCGUCGUUUUAAAUACAUUUAUCAUAUAAACGUCGUAGCAAGAACAAUGCGGUCCCUGUCCCCCAAAUCGCCAACUAACUUACAGAUAGUUCGAUACAAGUGUACUCCUAUAAAUUAUAUUAUUAUUAUUAUUAUUAUUAUUAUUAUUAUUAUACCAAAGACAAGGGUGAAUGAACUUAAAAAUCCUUUACGUUCAGAAUAAUUCCUUGAUUUUACAUCUAUGCUGUUAAUACGCAUUCUGAAUAUAUGGGCCUAUUGUUUACUUCUGUAUGUAUACAUACCGUGUUUUCUAUAAAACGAUUUACAGUAUUUACAGCACUAUCUAAAGUAUGAGCUAACGUUAGCGGAGGGGGCUCUAGCGAGCGUGGAAUCGGUGUUAUCCGAGACGGCGAAAUAAGAACCGCUGUGUUGCGUAUUUAUUAUCAUACUCAUCUUAAGAUACGAUCUGAAUGUCAAAUAACUAUUAGUAAUGCAUUGACUUUUAUAGGAAAUGUAUGAUUAUGUUUCUAAAUAAAACUGUCCAAAUGUU